CAAAAUUCUCUCUGCAAAACCCUAACUAAACCCAGCCCAUCAAUAUUCCUCGCAGAGUUGAAGCUCAAAGAUCGCCCCUUUUCCCCUGCAGACGUCGAGUAGCGAACCGCUGCGAGCAGAAACUCCAGGACACCCGGCGAUGAGGAGGCCGAAAUCGAGGCGGUUCCGGCAGCAAAGCCGCCUCUCCGAGCUCCAGGAAAUAGAGCUCCUGCAGUCGUGGAUCGAGUCGCAGAAGCCGGACUCCGGGUCCAAUCCUCGCUCCCUGCCUCCUCUGGCGAGUGACGCGCGUAUUGGGCGACUGGAUGCGUCUUCUUUUUCCCGGUACGCUGGAGCUACAAAAUUCGAUCAGUUGCCGAUCUCAAAGAAGACCAAGGACGGUUUACGGGAAGCCAAGUACAAGAAGAUGACGGAUAUACAGAGGGCGUCGCUGCCUCACUCGCUCUGCGGCAGAGAUGUCCUCGGAGCUGCCAAGACUGGAUCCGGGAAGACCUUGGCGUUUAUCAUUCCGGUUCUGGAGAAGUUAUAUAGGGAGCGGUGGAGCCCAGAGGAUGGAGUUGGAAGCAUCAUAAUUUCUCCAACCAGAGAAUUAGCCGGUCAGCUAUUUGAUGUAUUGAGGGUUGUCGGGAGGCACCACGGUUUUAGCGCAGGACUUCUGAUCGGUGGUCGGAGGGACGUGGAUUUGGAGAAGCAGAGUGUAAAUGAAUUAAACGUAUUAGUCUGCACACCCGGUCGACUUCUUCAGCACAUGGAUGAGACUCCAAAUUUCGAUUGUUCACAGCUUCAGGUUUUGGUGCUUGAUGAGGCUGACCGUAUACUCGAUGUUGGGUUUAAGAAGGCUCUCAAUGCAAUCAUUUCGCAGCUCCCUAAACAGAGGCAGACUAUGCUCUUUUCGGCAACUCAAACAAAGUCGGUGCAGGACCUUGCGCGGCUCAGUUUGAAGGACCCAGAGUACUUGAGCGUCCACGAGGAGUCUGUGGUAGCUACUCCCAAUCGGUUGCAGCAAACUGCCAUGAUUGUGCCUCUUGAGCAGAAAAUGGACAUGUUGUGGAGCUUCAUAAAGGCACAUUGUAGAUCAAGGAUUCUCGUGUUUCUCUCCAGCUGUAAGCAGGUUAGGUUCGUCUUUGAAGCAUUUAAGAAAUUACGUCCUGGAAUACCCUUGAAGUGUCUUCAUGGAAGGAUGAAGCAAGAGAAGAGGAUGGGAAUCUAUUCACAAUUUUGUGAGCAGCAGUCACUUCUUUUCUCAACUGAUGUGGCCGCUAGAGGUCUCGACUUUAAUAAGGCUGUGGAUUGGGUGGUUCAGGUGGACUGUCCUGAAGAUGUUGCAUCAUACAUACAUAGAGUUGGUCGUACAGCUCGUUAUCAUUCUGGAGGGAGGUCGGUCUUGUUCCUCAUGCCAUCUGAAAUGAAAAUGCUUGAGAAAUUAAAAGCUGCCAAAAUACCUUUACAAGUUAUCAAGGCAAAUACAAAGAGAAUUCAAUCUAUAUCUCAUUUGUUAAGGGAGUUGCUUGCCAAGUAUCCAAACAUUAAUCAACUUGCUCAAAGGGCCUUCAUCACAUAUUUGCGGUCCAUCCAUAUUCAGAAAGACAAAGAAAUCUUUGAUGUGACGAAGCUGUCAAUCGAUGAGUAUUCCAUAUCGCUGGGGCUAGCAAUGCCUCCUAAAGUCCGGUUUUUGAAGAACAAGUUGAAGUCUAAGACACCUGAGGUAUAUGCUCCACCUGAACCUGAGAGUUCAGUCGAGGAUGGAGUUGUGGACGUACCAAGGGAGAAGCUGGAGAUCGGAGACUCUGUUGAAGAUGAUAAGAAUCUCCUGUUGACUGAAGAAGAUAGCGAAAAUGAUGAGGGAAAGAAAGAUGAUCAGCUUGGAGAUAUUGUGCCGGCUACUCGGGUAUUGAAGAAAAAGAAGCUCAAGAUCAACGUCAACAGGCCUGUGGGAACUCGAGUUGUCUUUGAUGAAGAGGGAAAUAGCCUGCCUCCACUUGCUCGAGUCGCACAGCCGCUGGACUCUGAUGGUUCAAUUCUAAUUGACCGAGAGAAAAAGGAUGAAUACUACAGAAGGAUGAGGGAGGAGAUGAAGAAAGUUGACAAGGAGGACAAGCGUCUCCACCGGGAGCGGCUCAGAGAAAAUCGAAUCAAGAAGAAAAUGAAGUGGAAGAAGGGCAAGAGCGGACCUGAUGAAGAGGACGAAGGAGAAGAGGCGGGUGAGAGCGAUUCUUCCAUGUCAGACAAAGGUCCCGAGGGCAAGGGACGCAGAAGGUCGAAGGUAUAUUUCGAUAGUGACGGGGAAGAUGGUGAGCAGGGAGAGAGCAAGGACAAGUCGGGUCUCCCUAAACCCGACUCAAUCUCCUUGGCUGAGCAGGAGCAGCUGGCUCUUAAGCUACUGAGCUCGAUGCACUCAUAGUCGUAGAAGCUGCGUCAUCAGCUCUUUUUGUUGUAAUCCAGAAAAAUUUUGCUCCUGAGGAAUUUCUUGUUUUGGUCAAUCGAGGCUUUUUUUUUUAAUUAUUCAGGUGGAUACAUAUGAUAUGAGAUCAUAGCAGUUUUGUUCAAAAACAUGUUGAACCCAUUGAA